AUGACGGCACUCACAACGCCUCAAUCGUCGGGUAUAGGAAUGCCAACAUCGAACAAUACCUCUCUUAAGCAACCGGCCCUCAAUACUCCCAGCGCUGGCAAGAAGCACAAGAUUUCACCAGGUGUUUCUCUCAUUUCUGGCGGUAUUGCUGGAGGUGUUGAAGCGGCCAUAACUGGCACGACCUUUAAAGCUGGGGUUCGCUUUUUGUCUUUUGACUCCAUCCGCAAUGCGUUGAUGGAUGAGCAGGGAAAAUUGACGCCAGCGAGGGGCAUCUUGGCUGGUAUGAUCGCAGGCUGCGUUGAGAGUGUCGUAGCAGUAACCCCCACAGAACGCGUCAAAACUGCGCUUUGCCACAAGGACUUUGGUGUCGUAGUCAUCCCCGCGGGCCUGCACCUGUUCCGAGCCCCAGGCGCUUUCCGCGUCUGCAUUCGCGUCCAACGAAUCCGUGGAGCCCAAAAGAGUGUCAGUCUCGGCGGUAUCGUCGGCCAGGGCGGAGAGCCGAGAUGA